AGUGCUCUAUCAUAGACUGAGCCACAACAGUUAAGACCUCACUGGCUGGAGUCUCAACACUGCUGUUAGAGGGAAAGUCAGCAAGAGCAUGAGAGAGACACACAGAUAGAGACCGAGACACACAGAAACAAAGACAGACACACAGAGAGUGACAGGGAGAGCUAGAGAGAGAGGGAGACACUGUUGCUCCAGUGAAAGUGUGUCAGAGAGGAAAACAGAGAUUGAGAAAGAAAAGGAGACAGACCAACUAAAGAAAGAGAGAGAGAAAGCUCAAAGGGAUCUUUGCUAGUGAGCAGGUUUUCUCCUCAGAGUAUGGUGGCAAAGAGCACAUGGAUUUAGUAGAGCUGUACCUCCCUGAKUGUUUCACCUAUCACUCUGACACUGAACUCCUUGGCAGGAUGUCAGUGAGGGGCUUGGACCCCCCCUGUCCCCCUUCCAUAAAGCAUGAGCCCUCCAGCCCCAGCUCCCAGGGGGACAGCCCAGCCCAACCCAGUCCCGGGGGAUCCUCCUCGGACAACAACUCCAGCUACGGCCCCCUGGGCAAGGGCCACAACCGCACCAACGGCUUGGACUCACCAGGGCUCUAUGGACACAAAGCGGGCAUGGGGAACAACGGCACAGCCAACAGGCGGUUGUGUGGUGAGGAUGGCCAAGUGAAGUGUGAGUUCAUGCUGGGUUCUGUGGCUAAGAGGCUGUGUCUGGUGUGUGGAGACGUGGGGUCUGGGUACCACUACGGAGUGGCCUCCUGUGAGGCCUGCAAGGCCUUCUUCAAGAGGACCAUUCAGGGUAACAUCGAGUAUAGCUGCCCUGCCACCAGUGAGUGUGAGAUCACCAAGCGGAGGAGGAAGUCGUGUCAAGCCUGUCGCUUCAUGAAGUGUCUCAAUGUCGGCAUGAUGAGAGAAGAUUACAUGUUCACACCAAACCUCACCACCUCUAACGCAGGUGUGCGUCUGGACCGGGUGCGUGGGGGCAGACAGAAGUACAAGAGAAGGAUAGACUCUGAGAACAGCCCCUACCUCAACCCUCAACACGGCCUGCCACAGAAGAGAACAUUUCCUCUAGGUGGUCUGGUAGAGAAUAAGGUGGUCUCUCUCCUGCUGGUGGCUGAACCAGAGAGUAUCUUUGCCAUGCCAGACCCCACCGUCCCCGACAGUGACAUCAAAGCCCUGACCAUACUGUGUGACCUUGCCGACCGCGAACUGGUGGUCAACAUCGGCUGGGCCAAACACAUCCCUGGUUUCCCCUCACUCUCGCUGGCAGACCAGAUGAGUCUACUGCAGAGCGGUUGGAUGGAGAUUCUGAUCCUGCGUGUGGUGUUUCGCUCGCUGGCCUUGGAGGAUAAGCUGGUGUAUGCUGAGGACUACAUCAUGGAUGAGGAGCAGUCCAAACUGGCAGGUGUACUGGACCUAAACAAYGCCAUACUGCAGCUGGUGAAGAAAUACAAAGCCAUGAGAAUAGAAAAAGAGGAAUUUGUUAUUGUCAAGGCCAUUGCGCUGGCUAACUCAGACUCCAUGCAGAUAGAGGAYGUGGAGGCAGUCCAGAGGCUCCAGGAUGUGCUCCAUGGGGCCCUGCAGGACUAUGAGAGUGCCCAGCAUACAGAGGACCCUCGGCGGGCAGGCAAGAUCAUCAUGACCCUGCCCCUGCUCCGGCAGACGGCUGCCAGGGCCGUCCAGCACUUCUGCAGCAUCAAGCAAGAAGGCCGUGUGCCCAUGCACAAGCUGUUCCUGGAACUGCUGGAAGCCAAGGCCUGACCAGCCAUGUGGGACUAGGAUCACAUAAAGGAAGGAUAGGGUAGUGAUGUCAUAAAGGUCAAAAUUAAUGCAGGAAGUGGUACUUGACAAGGCUAACACAGCCCUGCUCACAUUACAAACUCAGGAGAGGAGAGGAGAAGAGAAGAGAAGAAAGGAGAGGAGAGGAGGAAGGACUGACAUCACCUCAGUGACAGGGAUAACUACCUUCCAAGGGAUUUUGAUGGUAGUUAUUGAUAUGUACGUAAACAUUGCUAGUGAAAAGGAAGAAAGACACAAAACUUGAAGAUCCUCUAGGAUUAUUAUUUGUGUGAAACCAGCUCUAAGCCUGUUCAUCUUGCAUUGUAGUGCUUUAAUAACUUUUMUUUUUAAAAUAAAAAGAACUGUGGACAGUCUUGCCAAAGAAUGGUGUGGGAUACACAGUUAAACAAUGCGGCAAAUGGUCAYAAUAAAGUAUGGUGUCCCGUAAGACACUUAACUAGCAGAAGUUAGGGUCACUWGAUUUUACUGAAAUAUUUUCAGGGAAAGACAUGAAGUACAUUUGACCCACAGAUUAUGAAGGUGAGGGGAGAAAUUGAAAAUAAGAUGUAUUUAUUGUUGGCUUAAUUAUUUUGUUGUUUUGUUUUUUAUUUACCAGUGUGGCAUUAAUGGAAAAUAAGAGGAACAAAUAUAGAUCCUUUUCGUAAGAUUUUUAAGUACUUUUGUUUUAAUAAGUAAAUAAAACAUUUUGUACUAGCUUCACAACUAAACUCAUGGCACUGAUACCUGUACUAUAACAUAGCAUCUAAGGCAAUAUAAUAAUGUACAGUGCAUUGAAACAUUGUAUUUUUUGCAUUGAGUUGUAGAUUACAAAAUUKUGCAAAAUACUGCUUUUCUUUCUUAUGAUGAAAAUCUGGUGGUGGUUUUUCAAAUGUGUCUCUGUGUGUUUCUGUUUCAGAAACUAGAAAUGUCUGAAAAUCAUAAAUGUUCAAAUGAAGGGAAACUAAAUUGGUAGGAAUGUUACUACUGACAACUGUCAUGCAUUUAUCUCAGAAGUCCAUUAUUUGCUCCAUCUGUGCACUGGUAAUGGAAUAAUCUGUAUAUUUUUGUGACAAAGUAUAUUAUAAAGUGUGAUCCAGCAAUACUGUGUGGACGGGAUGUAAAUGUAUGUAUUCUGUAGGCCUAUAUAAAGUCCAGCGCCAACAGAGAUGUAACCCAUGUUCAGAUGAGAUGUACACUACUACUACUACCAUUCUCAGGAUUCUAGGGCAAUAAAGAUGCUUCAAGUUUGAAA